AUGGCCAGCAGAACACUCAGCCUCCCAUUGAGGGCUUUCGCAGGCACUCGCCCAUCCAUCCAAGCCUGGCGCAGCACACGANUCCUUGCCACUGAACUCGCGCCCGCCUCAACAACACUUCCUGUUCCUUCGGAUUUCACAACGCCUAUUACUACACCAGUAGUCCAGGAUGCCCAACCUCAGAUCCUUGCAUUGAAAGAGACGGAUGGAAGUACAUCUGGCAAGUUGCGACCAGUUGGUGUCGUUGUCAGCGCCGGAAAGAUGGAGAGGACAGUCAAAGUCAGACUACCCAGUCAGAAAUGGAACAACUACUUGAGANAAGGUAAAUCUACACUCUCCGAUAUUGCAUACAGUCAAUGUCAUUUCAAGGACCAUUCAGACCACCUAGUCCACGACCCCAACUCUUCCCUCAACAUUGGCGACGUUGUUGCUCUCAGACCUUUCCGCGCCGCCAAACACGUCCACCACGUUGUUUCAGAAAUCCUCGUUCCUUUCGGCACACCCAUCGCUCAACGACCGCCCGUGCCCAGCGAAGGCGAGUCCCAAGCCGCCUACAAUGCCAAACGCCACUCCAAACUCGAGCGCCGCACUUUGCGCCGCGCCGCUGCUAAAGGCUCCGAGUCCGCUAUUGAGAAGUUGCAAGCACUAGAGGUGGAAGCCGGACAGGGUGUUACAGUAGGAAAGGGCGAGAAGAAUGCCAGAAAGGCUGGGUUGAUGGGAAACAAGGGCCAAAAGUUGCAAAAGGGAGUUUUGCCGGGAGGAAAGCAUGCGGUUGGCAAGAUUGACGAAAGAGCAAAGCACAACAAGGAGCAGGCUUUGAAGAGGAAUGAGAAGGCUGAGAGGAACUUGCUUGAGGCUAAUCAGGUCGCCGAGAGC